AUGUCUGUGCCAACGACCUACCGGGCAUUUAGACGUUUACCGGGCGAGAACUCGGGGACUAUCUUUUCGACCGUGGAAAAAAUGCAGUCGCUGCAAUCACAUGAGGUUUUAAUCCGGGUACAUGCUGUCUCACUGAAUUACAGAGACAUUGCUAUGCUUCAUGGUAAAUACCCUAUUUCGGUCAAGGAACAAGGCAUUCCAGGAUCCGAUUGUGCGGGUGAGGUUGUGGCUGUUGGGUCAAAUGUGAGCAUGCGUAUCGGAGAUCGCGUGGCGCCCAUCUUCGACCUAAAAUACAUUCAAGAUGUGGACCCAGAGGGAGCAGUAGGACAUUUAGGUGGAAACAUAGACGGUGUGCUCCAGCAAUACGCGAAGUUCGAUGAGAACGUUCUGGUCUAUAUUCCGCCACAUCUAUCCUGGGAAGAGGCUGCUUGUAUCACAUGUGCUGGAACUACGGCUUGGAAUGCGUUGCACAUGUCCGAAUCUGAAGGCCGACCAAGGUCUGCCUUGAUGCUGGGAACUGGCGGUGUAUCAACUUUCGCACUAUCCAUUUGUCUAGAGGCUGGUAUUCGACCAAUCAUAACUUCCUCAUCCGAUUCAAAGCUCCAGGAGAUAUUAUCACUGGGCCCAGAAGGAGCCAUAGAAGUCAUCAAUUAUCGGACUCACCCAGAAUGGGAGAUGGAAGUUCUCCGUCUCACUAACGGGAAAGGUGUUGAUGUCAUCCUCGAAACGGUCGGGAUCGGCUCUAAGCUUGAUCAAGGAAAUCUCUGCCGGUUUCUGGAGGAGAAGGAGAUUUCAUUGAAGCAUAUCAUUGGAAAGGUCUUCCCUUUUGAGGAGUCCCCUGCAGCAUUUGAAUAUCUUCAUUCCGGCCGUCACACGGGAAAGGUUGUCAUAAGAGUUUAA